ACCCGGACAUCCCCCAGACUUGUACUGCCCUCCUGCUCUGGAUUCUUCAACUGGUCCCCUCCUUCUCAACUGCAGAGAUAACCCCCCCCCCCCCCCCCCCCCCCCCCCCAUUCCUCCUCUACAGACAGGGACAUUGAAGUUAAUCUGCCCCUCUGCGUGAUACACAGCCCUGGAUUGCGCUAGUGGCUGAGUCGUUUCGAUAUUUUUUUUCUCUCUGUCGGAUUACAACUGGAUUCGCUGUAUUUCACACCGGCACAUCCAAACGUCUCAAUGCUGCAACUGAGAUUGUAGAGAGAGAGAGAGAGAGGAGGGGAAAUCUUCUGGGCACAGUGGACUAGCAGAGAAGAAGGUGCUUCGGAAUCGGAGGGACGUGGGGGAGCACACAGAGCGCGGGGCAGUGAGUGUAUCGCAGCCAGGAGAGGAAAGACGCCCCAUCUCUCUCUUUCUCUCCCUGCCAACUCUUCGCCUGACUUCCCGGAAUUAAAGGCAGCGCCCGCGGGUUGAUAGGAGGAAAUCGCACCCCCGGGGAAGGAAAUGGAAGUUUUCCCGGCCGUCUUCCUAGUGUGUGCCUUGUGCUCUUCCAGCAGCGAUGGGGUGGCCGCCGAUUCCAUCAUUCACAUCGGGGCAAUUUUUGAUGAAACUGCCAAGAAGGAUGAUGAAGUGUUUCGACUGGCUGUAACUGACCUUAACACGAAUGAGGACAUUUUACAGACGGAGAAAAUUACAUUUUCUGUGACAUUUGUGGACAGCAACAAUCCUUUUCAGGUUGUCCAGGAAGCGUGUGAUCUGAUGAACCAAGGCAUUUUGGCCCUCGUCAGCUCCGUUGGUUGCAUGUCAGCUGGAUCUCUCCAAUCCUUGUCAGAUGCUAUGCACAUCCCACACCUCUAUAUACAACGAACAACAUCUGGAUCGCCAAGGAGUGGCUGUGGUCUCACCAGAACCAGCAGGAAUGAAAACUACACUCUCUAUGUCCGUCCACCAGUGUAUCUGAAUGAAGUCAUUCUCCAAGUCAUCUCAGAAUUUGCCUGGCAAAAGUUCAUCAUUUUCUACGACAGUGAAUAUGAUAUCCGUGGGAUUCAGGAUUUUUUGGACAAAGCUUCUCAGCAAGGGAUGGAUGUAGCUCUGCAGAAAGUGGAGAACAACAUCAACAGGAUGAUCAGUACGAUGUUCGCCACAAUGCGUUUGGAAGAGAUGAACCGGUACCGUGACACACUUCGACGAGCUAUUCUCUUCCUCAGCCCACAAACAGCGAAGGCCUUCGUUUCCCAGGUUGUUGACUCCAAUCUAGUGGCUUUUGACUGUCACUGGAUCUUCAUAAAUGAGCUCGGUCGCGGCGAUGGCAUUGGCAACCGGCGAGGGGGCCCCAACGCCGACUCAAGCCGAGCUCGGCGCUUCUGCAUUGACGAGGCGGUCCUAGUGCCGACUCAUUCCUGCUGCGGCAGGGGCGCAUUUGGGCCCGGUACGAGACUUGGCGGCAUCGGCAGCGGCUGCUUCGGCGAGAUGGGCCCGAAGCUGACUCAUGGUGGCGGAGGAGUUGCGUUUCGGCCAGUGCGAUACCCAGCGACGUCGGUGAUGUCUACAUUGGCGAGGACCCAUAGUGGCAUGAACAUCGUUGGUGGCAAGAUGGUGCCAAAGACUGGCAACUUUCAUUCCAGUGGUGGUGGAGUUGGCAAGGGGGACUUGUGGCUUGCCAUAUGGAAUCCAGACUCUGGGCUGAAUGGAUCUCUAACAGACAAAAAACUGGAAAACAACAUGCGCGGAGUGAUGCUGCGGGUUGUAACUCUGCCGGAGGAACCUUUUGUCAUGGUGUCAGAAAACGUACUCGGAAGAACAAAGAAAUACUAUGGAUUCUCGAUUGAUGUCCUGGAUGCCUUGUCAAAUUAUCUGGGCUUCAAAUAUGAAAUCUAUGUGGCUCCUGAUCACAAAUUUGGGAGCCAACAGCCUGAUGGAAACUGGAACGGACUGAUUGGAGAACUUGCUUUCAAGAGAGCAGACGUGGGAAUCUCGGCUUUGACCAUCACACCAGAACGAGAGAGUGUUGUGGACUUCACUACCCGUUACAUGGACUACUCAGUGGGAUUCCUGCUGAAGAAGGCGGAGAGGACUGUCGACAUGUUCGCUUGCCUGGCUCCAUUUGACUUCUCGCUGUGGGCUUGCAUCACUGGCACAGUGAUCCUGGUGGGCUUGCUGGUCUACCUCCUGAAUUGGCUGAACCCUCCCAGGCUGCAAAUGGGCUCCGUAACCUCCACCACCCUGUACAACUCCAUGUGGUUUGUCUAUGGCUCCUUUGUUCAGCAAGGUGGAGAGGUUCCUUACACUACUUUAGCUACUCGAAUGAUGAUGGGUGUUUGGUGGCUUUUUGCUCUGAUCGUCAUAUCCUCCUACACAGCAAACCUGGCAGCUUUCCUUACAAUCAACCGCAUUGAAAACUCCAUUCAGUCGCUGCAAGAUCUUUCCAAGCAAACAGACAUUCCCUACGGCACAGUGAUGGAGUCAGCGGUGUAUGAGCAUGUUCGUGUGAAAGGAAUGAACCCGUUUGAGAGGGAUAACAUGUACGCCCAAAUGUGGAGGAUGAUCAACAGAGGUAACGGCACAGAAACCUCGGUGAAGGAUUCCCAGGAAGGCAUUCGAAGGGUGAAAGCUGGGAAUUACGCCUUUGUUUGGGAUGUGGCAGUGUUGGAAUAUAUUGCCCUAAAUAGCCCCGACUGCUCUCUGUUCACUGUUGGUAAUACCCUGCCAGAUCGAGGAUAUGGUAUUGCUCUACAACACGGCAGCCCAUACAGGGACAUUUUCUCCCAAAGGAUCCUGGAACUUCUGCAACACGGAGACCUUGACAUUCUGAAGCACAAGUGGUGGCCAAAGACAGCACAGUGUGACAUCUACUCUUCAUCCCGAGCACAACAGAAAGGCAGUGCUUUCGAUCUGGCCAGCUUCGCUGGGGUAUUCUGCAUCCUGGCUGCCGGCAUCAUCUUAGCCUGCCUCAUAGCCAUCGUGGAAAAUUGGUGGAACAGACGGAAAGGAUCUCGUGUCCCCUCCAAAGAGGAGGAUAAGGAGAUUGACCUGGAGCAUCUGCACAGGCGAGUGAACAGCCUCUGUACGGACGACGACAGCCCCCACAAGCAGUUUUCCACCUCGUCCAUAGACCUGACUCCCCUGGAGGUGGACAACAUCCCUACGCGGCAAGGUCUCGAGCAGAUCAGUGACUUCAGGAACACUCACAUCACCACGACCACCUUCAUACCAGAGCAAAUCCAGACUAUAAGCCGAAGCCUGUCUGCCAAAGCUGCCUCAGGCUUUUCAUUCGGGCCUAUGCCUGACCAUCGAACUGGGCCCUUCCGGAGCAGGGCACCAAACGGAGGCUUCUUCCGAAGUCCCAUCAAAACCAUGUCCUCUAUCCCAUAUCAGCCAACCCCCUCAGCUGCAUACAGCCUCAACAAUGAUCCUGACCGGGGCACCUCCAUAUGAAUGGUUCACCUUAAGGUUUUUUUUUUCCAGUCGGGACUCAGUUUGUGAGACCAUAGAUUUCAUGGUAGUUCUAACCUGGACGUAACUUUCUUUGUGUUUUUUUUAAAAAAAGAAAAGGGGGAAGGGUGGGGGCCAGGAUCUUAGUUUCAGCUUUUCUUUUUUCCAAAUAUAAUCGCAACAACUCCAGCCUGUUUGCCGCAACCUAUGUUUAUUUCUGCUGCAUUGGACUUCAAGGCUUUUGCUGCUGACUGUUUCACCUAUUACUUUAUGUUGGACCAAAGGCACAGUCCUGCUAGUAAAAGUAAAGAACAUUCAGGCCGCAAGUUCAGGAAUGCUAUAUUUUAUAAGGCCACGUAUAUAUGAAGCCAUCCGUGUGAUUGUAGAAAUAUUUCUGGCAUCACGUUGCAAAACAAAAACUUAAAUACUGUGUGGUCCCUGCAUUUUUUUUUUGCCAACAAAGGUUGCAAGCUUUGGAAGGUUGCAUCCUCUGCAAAUGUUUUCUGAUGUACAGUCGACAUUAAAUCUGCAGUAGUUCCUACAAGGCCAGUCCUGGCACAUCCUGGCAAUGAUUGAUUCCAAGGUGUUAGUCAGCUCAAUACUGCGGGAUAUGAAUGCCUGGAGUUCACUUUUACUGGAUGAAUCUGUGUCCUUGCUGCUGGAAGAAAUUGGAUCUCUUGAGUUUAUGGCCAUUUUUAGGAUGUUCGUAGACAGUCAGUAACAAACAUUAAACCUUCAGACUGCUUGUGCAUCUUUUGAGGAAACCACCAAAACAUAGAGUUAUGUUUCAGCAUCUUAAUUGCAGAUCCCAUUUAAAUAUUGUAUGAAGUUGGAUUUAAAUUUCUAAAAAGUCAUGAUAAUUAUGGUGUUGAGGAUGACAGCUAAUAGAACACCCAAAAAUUUAGCAAAAAUAAAAUCCAGCUGAAAUUUUAACUGAUUUGAUUCCAUUAAAUAUAUGGUCAUUGUAAAUUGAACUUGUAACAAUCAUGCAAUGGUAACACCACAGGAAGGGCCAGCUCUUUGAAAGCUCUACCCAGUUGAUUCCAUUGCCCUGCUGUGUUGCCCUCUAGUGUGGCAAUGUGUGGCUCCUUCAGGCAUUGAUCCAGUUCUCCUUUCAGUGCUCCUAUUGGAUAUGGCCUUGACUUUACUGACAGUGAAUAAAUCAAACUGGAGAAAUAUGUUGUCUAUUGUCAACUGAUCCAACAGAACCACAGUCCUUGAAAUAAUUGAAGACUUUUGUGUCACAUGGAAUGAUAUAUAGCUUUGCCAGAUCUUUAAAAUCAACUAUUUUCGAUAAAAGGUAAUGUAUUUCUCACACAAAACUCUAACAAACCAAUGAGGCCAUAGUGUAGCUAGAUAUUCACUGAACAGAUCGGAGAACAUCAUGCAUCACUCUCUAAAUGCUAGUGAAACAGUGUAGAUUAAAAGAUUUGCACAACUUUGUAGGGAGAUUGGUCAAUUUAGCUGCUUCAUGCUGACAUUGGAAGAUAAGUACAAUGACCCUCAGAAGCUAUUCUCUCUCUCUCUCUGUCUUUCUAAGUUGCAGCUUUAAACAGUUGGGUAGUUAGUCAAGCGAUAGUCAAAUUAUAACUUCAAUAUAUUUUGCAACAAAACGUGCACCUUCAUGGGAGACGAUGAACGUGCAGUAGCAAAUGUCUGGAGAUGUGGGCUCUACCUUUCACAGCCUUUCACUAUACUGUUAACUCUGUCAAGAAACUAAAGGACUGGUGAGAAAGAUUUCCUGAUCUUUAUUCAAAGAAUAUUUUUGUUAAAACAAAAAAAAAUUGAAAAUGUGUUAGGUAGAAAGCAGCUACUUUUUUCUGUGUUUGGUAUCAACAUUAGGUGUGAUUUAACUCGGACUCAUUAAUGAACUGAGAGCAACAUAUAUAUGGCUCAUGGCUGUUUCCUCUGAAUCCUCUUGUACAACACAAAUGGACUCACAUAUAGAAGUUAUAUAUUUUGAAGCUAAUUCUUCUCUUUUACCUGUUCUGAAGUAGCGUCUGAUUAUAGUUAGGUUUCUAGUUUGUACAAAUACAAUGUCUACAGUGUCAGACAACACUCCAUUUUUACAACAGGAGACAGUUUAUAGAGACUGAGGGCAAGUUAGUGGAAGCAUGCCCGACUUAUCUAAACCUUGUAACACUCAAGUUUCAUAUCAAAAGUCUCGUUAUUGAUUUUCAUUUGGAUGCAAUAUUAUAAAGACAAGCUGGAUUACAAUAAUUUACUGGGUUAGAAUAUAGUUAACCAUAAACAAUAUUUAUAGGCUUAUUUUGAUGUAAGUGUCGCAUAUAAAGAACACUUUUUUCGG